GACUGCAAAUCCGUUUUUUUGCAACUUUCUUACAAAUAGCCAUAACUGUAUCGUUUGUCAGUUAUACAAUAACAAACGCAACGGAAUUUGUUGCAAAAAAACCCGACAAUAUUUUGUAAUGUAAUUUUGUUUAUAUUUUUUGUCUCAUGAAGUUCGAUUAUCUAGACCGGACCAGACAGUGAGCCAGACGGAUAGCACCUCGAUUGCUUAUGUCUGAGAGAUGCAGAUGUCCCUGAUGCCGGCGCCUGUCCUUUGAAGCUGGUCGAACGCCUAAGAACCAAUACAGGCAGAACCAUGAACAGAUCCUGUAAAAAAUGGUCAGCCUGUGAUGUGUGUGGGUGAGGAGAUGGGCUGCACCUCAGCCAAGCAGGUGUUGGCCGUGCCCAGUGGUGAGGAGGGCCGCAGUAAAGCCUACAGCAAUGGGGAUGUUCUUUCUGAUGAGUACAAGAAAGGUGUGGCAAGUGUGAAGUAUAUAAAUAGAGAAGAGGACAGACUAAACAACUGCGACCAGGACAGCACGGAGAAUACUGCCCUGCUCACCACGGUCCAACAAACAGACGACACAGGAUCAAAUGGCAAUGGGAAGACACAGAUUCAUUCUUCAGAGAGCCAGCAGGAGUUCUUCAGGAUGCUGGAUGAGAAGAUAGAAAAGGGGCAGGACUACUGCUCAGAGGAAGAGGAUAUGACAUAGCACUGAGGUCCACCAUCUGCUCCCCUGAGAGGAAGGAUUUGUCCAAUGGCAAGGACAGGCCUGUACCACAUAACCCUUACCAAACGGCCCUCUUCCUUUUAGACCAUUUCAAGGAUGGAGGGGGAGACACAUUGACCCAAACCAAGCACCUUUGCCCGGCCCUGUGUCUAUACCUACAACCCUGGCUCCCUGUAACAGAUCUACGAGUCCAAUGCGACAAUGUUUUACCCCCAAAGGAGCAAUGUUACAAGACAUGGCCAGGACUACUUUCAGCUCCAGUCCUAUUAUACUGAGCGGCUCUCCAAGUCUGUCGCCACGGUAACCGUGGACAAUAAGUACAGCAGCCGCUCGGCUCUGUGACUGUGGUCCAUUAAAAGACAACGGAGAUCCAGUCAUUUUGAACCCAUGGAUUGACUGAGACCAGUCCAUCAUGGUUAUUCGUAAUGGCUUAAAGGAACAUUUGUCAUUCCUCAUCUGAUUGGAUGAUGAACAAUCGAGGUAAUUGGGAUGGCAGAGGAAAAUGAAUCUGGGAAUUAUUCCUGGGUCGUAUUCAUUAGGCACCAAAUGAAAGAAAACAGACUGAAACAGGGAAGAACUACCAAUAAGAAACGCUAGUUGACAUUUUCUGUUGCAAAACAUUUGGCUACGGUGUGCCUUAAUGAAUGCAAUCCAGGUGGCUGAAACAUUCACUGCAUUGCAGAUAGAAACUUAAAGUAAUAGAGCUGGGGAUUCUCCCAUCAUCGUAUUGUAUCAUUGAUUCUCUUAUCAGUGUCUCUCUAUGUAGCGUAUUUCUAUCUGCAAUGUUCUGAGCGUGUCACCCCAAUGAACACACCCCUUGAGGGGAAACCGGGGUUACUUACUUCCUGCAUUCCAGGAUACUUUUUGAAUUUUCUUUUCUACAGUAUGCUCAUAAAGUACAUUCGGAAAGUAUUCAGACCCCUUCACUUUGUCCCCAUUUUAUGACGUUAGUCUUAUUCUAAAAUUGAUUAAUGUUCCUCAAUCUAUACACAAUACUCCAUAAUGACAAAGUGAAAAACUGAUUUAGACAUUUUUGCAAAUGUAUUCAAAAUAAAACGCAGAAA